UCCUUCCGCUUCCUUUUAGGCUGGAAGGGAAGCUGCCUUUGCAAAGGAGAGACGCGGAAAAAGAAGAACUUUUGCAGGGGAGAAAGGCCGGACGGACGAUGCCCUUUCUGCACGGCUUCCGGAGGAUCGUCUUCGAAUACCAGCCGCUGGUGGACGAGAUCCUCCUCGCUUUGGGGCUGCAGGGGGCGGAGCCUCAGGAGGGCCCCAAGAGGCCGAAUCCGGGCUUCCAGGCGGAAGACGACCUCCAGCUCCGUCGUCUGGGUGACCUCUUGUGCAGGAAGUCCCGCCCAUCCUACUUCCUGGAUGGUGUCAGCUUCGCGCUGCUCAAGGUGGCGGAGCGGGGCCUCCUCCGCGCGGCUGAGACACUCCUCAACAAUGGCGCAGACGUUGCCUUUGAAGAUCCAGUGACGUACUACACGGCGCUCCAUGUGGCAGUGCUGCGCAACCAGCCGGACAUGGUGGCGCUGCUGGUGCGGCACGGGGCAGACCUCAACCGCAGGGACCGGAUCCAUGAAAGUAGCCCUUUGGACCUGGCCAGCGAAGAGGCCGAGCGCCUGCCUUGCCUCCAGCGCCUCCUCGAACUCGGAGCCGACGUCAACGCUGCCGACAAACAUGGGAAGACUGCUCUGCUCCAUGCCUUGGCCAACAGUGAUGGCGUCCAGAUCCACAACACAGAAAACAUCCGCCUUUUGCUGGAAGGAGGGGCGGACACCCGGGCCCGGACGCGCGAGGGGGACUCGGCCUUCAGCUCGCUGGUGCUGCUCUUGGGGGAGGCGGCAGGAAGCAGCCCGCAGGAGGCGGAGGCCAUGUGCCACUUCUGCUUCCGGGCAGCGCAGCUGCUGACGUGCCAUGCGGCGGACCCCAGCGCCUGCCCACCAGACGCCUGCCUGACGCUGUUCUGCCUCAGGGACUUCCGGCGCCACUUCCGCCUCCUGCGCUUCUUACUGGAGUCUGGUGCCACUGCCCACUGCUCCCUGCACGGCCCCUCCUGCUGGUCCGGCUUUGGGGUGCUCUUCCAGCAGCUGGCUGAGGCCCACCUGGAUGAGGGCGAUGAGGAGGGCUUCUCCACCGACCUCUUCCGCAAAGCCCAGGCCGUCCUGGAACUCAUGGUGGCCAGCGCCCCAGCAGUCCGGCUCCCAGAGAGCUUCGAUGCCAACUUUGGCGGGGGGCGCUUCCGCAGGGAGAGACUCCGGGUGCUUGUGAACCGCCUGCAGCAGCUGCAGCGCUCCCCACCUCCUCUGAAGCACCUCUGCCGGGUCUCUAUCCGGUGGCGCCUCCGGCCUUGGCCUCUGGACACCAAGAUCCAGGUCCUUCCGCUGCCCACCCGGCUGAAGCGGUACCUCCUCCUGGACCAAGACGUAGAUGCCGACCACGGAGGGACCGGGUGACCGUCCACUUGUCCUUUCCGGGAAGCCUUAACCAACUCCAGCUCUCUUUUAUCCAUGUGGUCCAGCCCGCUUUUGAGCCCGUCUUCACUUACGGGGUCAAGGCCUCCUUCUGGAGACUUCUUUGCAACCGAACCAGCCAUUAUUCACCGUAAGUUUGUAGGCAACACUCCUUGGGGGAGUCAAAGCUCCAUUGGAACACAGUGAAGCCAUUAAACAUUGAGCCUUUUAUUGGGGUGCCGGGCGGCCCUGUUUUCAAAACGUGUGCCUCUCCUUGUUUUUACAUUAUGGUAAGAGAAGAUUCUAGUCCUCAUGGUGCAAAUGGAAGGAAAAGGAGUCCCAAUACAAGGCCUUUCCCAAGCGAGUCCACAUUCUGUCUUUGCUGGUGGACUUAAAUGGUUUUGAAUUUGCAAUGGGAAUAACAGAGGGCUGAUCACCUUU